AUGACCAGCGCGCCCUGGCAAGCAGCCUGGGACAGGGCCCAGCCCACCCUGAACACCAUACGAGACUCGCAGUCCAAUCCACCUUCUGACGGCGCACGCAUACUGCGCGUCGGCCAGCUCGACGCCGAGCUACUCGACCAGGAGCUAGUGCAAGUCCUCCAGCAGCCGCUCGCGAACGCCCUCGGGCUCGUCAACCCGACGUGGAAGACGCGCUUCACGCCCGAGCUGCAGCUCCUCCUCCACCUCGUCCUCUACAAGCUCUCAGUCUGGGACACCGGCGCCAGCUACGGCGCGAAGCUGCAGGGCCUCAGAUACCAACCCUCCGAUAUUCGCUCUCCCCGCACGCGUCUCGCACACGGCGCACUCACCGUCCUUCUGCCUUACCUCCACGCGCUCCUCCGCGCCCGCGCGCUCUCCUCUGCAUGGCCAGAGGCGCCCGCAUCUGACCCGCGGCGGCGCGCUUGGGACGCCCUCUCCCGAGCCGAGUCCGCGCACGCGCUACUCGCGCUCGUCAACUUUGUCGGCUUCCUCUGGAACGGCAGGUAUCGCACGCUCGCAGAUCGCCUGCUCCGCCUCCGGCUCGUACCCGCCCAACGCCUCGUGCGGCGCGACGUCAGCUACGAGUUCAUGAACCGCCAGAUGGUCUGGCACGCCUUCACCGAAUUCCUACUAUUCCUCCUCCCGUUGAUCAACCUCCGCCUCGUCCGUCGGCGGCUCACCCGCCUCCUAGCCCAUACCUCCUCCUCCCUCCUCUCCCUCCUCCCCACCCCUAUCCGCGCCCCAACGACAAC